AUGAUGUUCCUUCUGAUGUUCUUGGUGCCUAAAGUAGUUACAGUGAAGUGCCCAGAAGGUGAACCCUUCCUUGUCCCACAUGAGUGGUACCAGCCUGGUGACCUUCUUGUUGGUGGGAUGGUGUCUCACAUUCUUUACCACGGUUAUGAAAUUCAAUUUAAGGAAUAUCCUUCCCUAAAAUCUUAUGACUUACCAGUUGUAAUAACCAAAUUCUACCAGCACGUCCUUGCCUUGGCCUUUGCUGUGAAGGAGAUCAAUGAGGACUCUCAGAUCUUACCCAACAUCACUCUUGGGUUCCACAUCUAUGACAGUUACUGCAACCCAAGGAUGACCUAUCGCACCACUCUGGACCUGCUUUUCAAGUCCAAGGAAUUUGUCCCAAACUACAAAUGUGACAGCCAGAAAAAUCUCAUGGCCAUCAUUGGGGCACCUGGUUCUGAUACUUCCUCCUAUAUGGCAGAAAGUAUAAGUGUCUACAAGAUUCCACAGUUGACCUAUGGCUCUUUUGCCCAGGAAGAGUUUCAGACACCGAAGUUAUCUUUACUUUACUGCAUGGUCCCAAAUGAGGACCUUCAGUACAUUGGAGUUAUACGACUUCUUCUCCAUUUUGGAUGGACGUGGGUUGGAGUCUUUGUUUCUGAUACAAAUAACGGUGAACAUUUCUUGCAGAAACUGCAGCCAUUGCUUUCCCAGAAUGGCAUCUGUUUAGCUUUUACCCAGAAAAUUCCACAAGUAGCCCACUUUGAAGACAUGUCAGAAGUGCUUGAUGCAAUCUCAAUUAUUUCUGAUAAAUUAAUAGAUCAGAAAUCAAAUGUUUUUCUCGUCUAUGGAGAAUCAUUCGCAAUUGUGUGGCUCAGAACAGUCGUCUUUCUACGUGAUCCUGAAAGUAAAGAGAGUGCAUCCUUCAGAAAGGUUUGGGUCCUGAUGAGCCCAACUGAUUUUAUAAUGACAGGGUUUCAAAGAGGAUGGGAGCUCCAGUUGUUCCAUGGGGCUCUUUCCUUUACAGUUCAUUCAAGAGAAGUUCCAGGGUUCAAAGAAUUUCUUCAAGCCAUCAAACCUUCAACCCACAAAGAUGGGUUUCUUCAAGACGUUUGGGAACAAUUGUUUGACUGUUCAUUUUCAAGUGCAGAAUUACCCUCAAAGAUCAGUGAAGCUUGUAGUGGGCAAGAGAAUUUGGAGAAUCUACCCGGGCCUCUCUUUGAGUUUCAGAUGACUGGUGAAAGCUACAGUAUUUACAAUGCUGUUUAUGCAGUGGCCCAUGCUUUGCAGGAGAUGGUCCUUCCUGUUUCCCUGUGCAAUGACCACUGUUCCCCUGGAUUUUGGAAGAGAAGGGCUGAAGGGAGACCCUUCUGCUGCUAUGACUGUGUUCCAUGUCCAGAAGAAAAGAUUUCCAAUCAAAUUAAUACUGAUGACUGUUUCAGAUGUCCAGAAGAUCACUACUCAAACCAAGAAAAAAAUGAAUGUCUGCUCAAAUCUUUGGUCUUUCUGUUUUAUGAGGAACCUCUAGCAAUUGGUUUAGUCACAAGUGCUAUUUCUCUCUUCCUCAUGACAACCUGGGUCCUUGGGACUUUCGUUAAGCACAGGGAUACUCCCAUUGUUAAAGCCAACAACCGGGACCUCACCUACACCCUCCUUGUCUCUCUUCUGCUCUGUUUCCUCUCCUCUUUCUUCUUCCUCAGUCCACCUGGCAAAGUGACCUGCAUUCUCCGACAAUCCACUUUUGGCAUCACCUUCUCGGUGGCCAUUUCUAGUGUCCUGGCCAAAACCAUCAUGGUGGUUGUGGCAUUCAUGGCCACCAAACCAGGUUCCUACAUGAGGAAAUGGGUGGGGAAAAGAUUGGCCUUCUCUACUGUCCUGUCCUGUUCUCUCUUCCAAGUAUGUAUUUGUGUUCUUUGGUUGUCAACAUCUCCCCCAUUCCCUGAGUUAGACAUGCACUCACAAUCCAAAGCAAUUAUUCUACAAUGCAAUGAGGGCUCAGCCUCCUUCUUCUACUGUGUCUUGGGCUACAUGGGUCUCUUGGCCGUGGCCAGCCUUAUUGUUGCUUUUCUUGCCCGUAAAUUACCUGACAGCUUCAAUGAAGCCAGGUUCAUCACCUUCAGCAUGUUGGCCUUUUGCAGUCUGUGGGUGUCCUUUUUUCCAGCCUAUCUGAGCACAAAAGGAAAAGCCAUGGUAGCUGUGGAGGUCUUCUCCAUCUUGUCCUCCAGUGCUGCCUUACUGGGAUGCAUAUUUUUGCCAAAAUGCUACAUCAUUGUUUUCAGGCCAGAGCUGAACCAGAGGGAGCAACUAAUAAAGAGGAAUUAG